CCCGCUCGCCCCCGCCUCUGGAGCCAGCCGCUGGGGGCCGCGGCGCCACUCCCAGGUCUCCGGACCCCUGGCUUGGAGCAGUUACUGGGGUCGUCACCCUGCCCGCCUACCUCUGCGGCUGUCGGAAUUUGAGCACACCUCCAACCCGGGGCGCCAGGGCCCUGUGCCCCCUUCCCCUCCGGCCAGCACCCCUUCCCCUCAGUGCACGCACGCGGUGGCGGCAGCCAGAAGUCCCUGGGUGGCUUUUUAAUGGCACAGACAGGCAAGCACCGGGCGCUGCCCUGAAUUCCGGCCCUGGCGGUGGCAGAGGGAAGUCCGAAAGAAAGGGCAAAGAGGGCCUGGGGUGGAGAAGUCUUCCUCUCAGUUCCCACCGAGGGCCCGACUUGGGGGUGGCAGGGACUAAUGUGUCCUGGCGGGUCCUGGCCAGGGCGGUGGGAGUGAGACUGGGCCAGAGGCUGGGACUGCCCCAGAGAGCCCCAGGAUGCCAGCCCUGCUCUGCGGCAGCUGCCUGGUCCAGACAGGGCCUGCCGUGUCUGAAACAGAAGUCACAGGACAGGUGGGCUGUGUCUGUUUCUUCCUCAGACUCCCUGGUAACAAAUGUCCUGCUCAAGACGUGCUGUCCCACUGCCCAAGCAUUGCCAAGGGUUAGCUCUCCUCUUCAGCUUCCGAUCAUGUAUUUAUUUUUAAAAUCCAGUUUUAAGGUAGAGAACAAGGGAGGCAGUGAGCACCUGUCCAGGCCCAGACCCUGCCCCAACCCGGGCCCUUCCAGGGCCCUUCCUGGAGCGUGGGGUCCAGAUGCCCGCUGGGCCCCCUGGGCGGUGCCUCUUACACCACUCGCACUCUGUCAGGGAAGGGAAGGGAAGCCUAAUGCCUUCGGAGCUCUUGGAAGGGAUGGAGGAGACUGGAUGGUUCGGGUUCUCAUGUUAUUCUCAGACUCAUGUCCCAGCCUGGCCAUUGCUGGCUCCAUGCUCCACUGAACUCCCCUGACAGUUUCCCAAAGCCGGGGUGGCAGCCCCCCCCCCACAAGCUGCUGCCCAAGAGGUUCCCCUGGGAUCUGGAAAGAAAAUAGGAGAAAUCUUAAUUCUACUUCUUUUCAUCUCAUCCUUUACAAAUUUUAUGUAAGUCUUAUGGUGUAGGAAUGUAUUUGUGUGGUCGCCUAGCAUAUAGUUUAUAAGGAGGUGCACGUGUCUAUUUUGUGAGUGCACACUCGUGCCUUUCACAGAAGAGGGCCUGUACUUGGAAGUUAUUGCCAGAGGGGAAAACGGAGCCAGCCCUUUGCUCUCUGGUCUCCCUUGUCUUUCUGCCUUAUUGUCUAAUAUUCUUCCCCUUUCUUCCUCCUCCCCUGAUGCCUCCACUGUGACAUCGUUGUCCACUGCCACUCAACUUUCAGGUGCUGGAAGAUGCCACGUGCUCUCCUGUCAGCAGCCUGGGCAGCGUCUUCUGCCUGAGGGCCCAUCCUCCCCUGAGCACCUGCCGGUUCAGGUGCCCCCAGCUCCGCCUUUGAACGUUUACCUGACGCUUGCAACUCCCAAAGUGCUCCUGAGUCACUCUAUGGCAGUCACUUGUUUAACUGACAGAGCAUUUGUCUAGACUGUCAGCUCCCUGAGAGCAAGGCCUAGUCUCAUCAACUCUAUAUUCUGAAUAUUCCGAAUACUUGCUCAGCGCCCCAGGCACGCCCGCCCUUCUCGACCCUGCCACUGGAGGGCCCGGGCCUGGAGAGCUUAAUCAGCGCUCACAAGGUCAGGCCGCUGACCCUGCUAAGAAGCUUGAGCCUCCUAAUCCAUCCCCAACAGGAACCCCAGACGGCAGUGGCUCCUGAGAGCCGGAGGGGCCAUUUUGGCCCCUCGCCUGUGGCCGUCGUCUGCAGACUCGGUCUGGGAGGGGAUGGGGCAGCUGAGCCAUGUGCACCACCCUCCUCCUGCUCAGCACCUUGGCCAUGCUCUGGCGUCGCCGAUUUGCCAACCGCGUCCAACCAGAGCCCAGCGGCGUGGAUGGGGCAGUGAUGGGCAGCAGCAUGGACACAGACCUCCAGUCCUCAGUCAGGGAGAAAGAACCUCUGAAGUAAGCCCUCAGCCCUGCAGGUGGGGCUCAGCCCCAGAGACUGGGAUCAGCUGGCCCAGGCAGCUCAGGCCCUGGUUUGCUCGCUAGCCCAGGAGGACGCUGUGGGAGCUGAAGCAGCGGCAAGAGGGAGCCAGAACGCAGCAGUGAGAAGGUGGACGCCUCGCUCCCAGGUGCUGGACCUGCGGGUCUUCGCUUCCCCCGAGGCCCUGGCUGUGGGGCUCCCACCACGACCUGGCUGGGGCUGGCAAGAGGAGCAGAGAUGCCCAUUGCUCUUGGAGGGGUUCCCUUCCCUCUGAGGCUCCUCCGAGGGACUGCUGAGCCGGAGGAAGCCGGGUUGACUCUGGGGCAGCCCUGGAGCCCAGGCAAGGGGCAGGAAAAGUGAGGAGCAAGGAGACUCCAGAACCAAGCGACAGCCGGUAACUCACAUCUACCGAUCAAGGGCUUCCAUGCACUCUCUGAUCCAAUCCUCGCAGUAACCCACACAGACUGGGAAUAUUAUCUACAUUUUAUAAAUGAGGAAA